UUUGGUUUAAUUUGCUUAAGACUUCAAAUAGUUUAAGUUGGGAGCCAAACACUACUGGAGAAUAACGGAAACCCACAUUUUACUCCUGCAGGAGAGAAACUCACAGAUCACUGACCACAUCUUUUGUGAUUUGCGGUACUGAACUCGCAGCUGUUAUGGCUCACAGAUUAAGUGGUGCAUCAUCAUCUUUAAAUGAUUUAAUCAAGAUAAGUCAGUUGCUCAGUCCAGGCCAACCAGCACUGCACCGUCUUCCAACAACAAGACGUGAUCUAGACAAGGAUGGCAAGACCAGAAAGUGGACAUUUGGACAGAAAUAUGGAAAUCUGCAAAACAAAACAAUCCUGAUGGUGGGAGAAACUGGAUCAGGCAAGACCACUCUGAUCAACACCAUGGUCAAUUACUUUCUGGGGGUGAAGUUUGAGGAUAAAGUGUGGUUUGAGAUCACAGAAGAAGAAAAGAGAAAUCAAAGAGAAUUUCAUACAUCUGCCACUGUCUAUGAGAUCAUUUCUGAGGAGAAACUCUCCUCUCUUACCAUCAUUGACACUCCAGGUUAUGGAGACACCAGGGGAAUAGAGAAGGACAUGGAAAUCGCUCGAAACUUACAUGAAUUAUUUCUACAUGUUACUGGAGUGAAGGAUCUUGAUGCUGUGUGUCUUGUACUGAAAUCGACUCAGAACAGAAUCUCAGAGAAUCAGCGCUACAUUUUUGAAGCAGUUCUGUCCUUAUUCGGUAAAGACAUAGAGGACAAUAUAAUGCUGUUUAUUACACACUCAGAUGGAGGACGACCAACAAAUGUUCUGGAAGCCAUCAAGAACGAAAAGAUCCCCUGCUGUUAUGAUGAUGAGAAUAAACCUGUUCAUUUCCUUUUUAACAACCGUCAGUCUGAGAAACAGGCAAAAAAAUAUGAGCAUGUUUCCAAAUCAUCUUGGGAAAUGGGGGAAAGUAGUUUGGAGGAUUUUUUUGAAUUCCUAAACUCACGACAGAGAAAAAGCUUAACUAUGACUGUAAGAGUUCUAAAGGAACACAUGCAGCUUGAGGCCUGUGUUGAGAGUCUGAAGGAACGCAUCAAGUUCAGGGAAUGGAAGCAGAGAGAACUGACUAAAGUUCAGGAUGCUCUGAAACUGAACAAAGAAAAGAUUGAGAAGAAUGAAAAUUUUCCUUUCACUGUCACGACAGUUUACAAAGAGAAAGUCGACAUUACAGGUGCCUCAUGGUGGGACCGAAAGGUGACCUCCUGCACAGAAUGUCAGGUAAAUUGCCAUGAGUAUGGAUGCUGGAUUUCCACAAAUGCAGUUUGGUGCCAAGUUAUGAAAGAUAAGCACUGCACUGUGUGUAAGUGCCCUGACAGUAAACAUGUCAGAGAGAGCAGGAAAUAUGUAACAGAGCAGAGAGAAGAGAAAGUCAUAUUUAAAGAACUGAAAAAGAAACAUAGUAAUACAAAUGAAGAAGUCAUUUAUGACAGAAAUUCUUUUAAAGAAGUGGAAACAGAGCAUGAAAAAGCUCUGAAAAUGAAAGAAGAGAUGACAAAGCUAGAAAUCGGCCUGAAAACAGUCCUGACUGAGAAUGAAGAACAGAGGAAGACCUUGGUGAAAGGCGUCUGUGUGUCAAUCAUAAAACUGUCUGAGAUUGCAUUAAAACCAGACUCUGUCUUCACCAUUCAGUACCUUGACUUCCUGAUUCCUCAAGUUGAAGAAGUUGGAGCUGCAGAGUGGAUUCAGAAACUGAAGGACAUGCAGAAACUGCAGCUGCUAAAGAAUCACCUGUAAAGAGGUAUUUUAGUAGGAUGAAGGAUUACUUUAGUGAAAACAGGACGGGGCUUUAACACUGUACAAGUAAUGGCACCAGCAGUACAUAUUAGAAUACAGGCAAUUUAAGCACACGGAGUCUGGGUUAGCGCCAUAAAACAGCUUGUGUCAAGAACCAGGCUCUGACCUCCACAGGUCCAAUCACUAAUACAAAUGGGCAAUAAAAGACAGCAAUAAAGACAAUAAGGAGACAGCAGUGUGUCUCUUAAUCAAACUUUGAGUAACAGAAAAUCAUAUUUCUGGGAUUUAUAUCCACUCCAAAUGUUGAUCACCCAUCCUGGUUCGACACCAGAAGACCGGACAUACUAAAAACAAGGUUGUGCAAUAUAUUAUUAUGAAUCUAUCAAUUUAGCGAGUUAAUUGAUAUUCCAAACAUGGAUCCACAGCUCCAUCAAGUGGCUGGAGUAAGACAUGCAACGACACGAAACCAUUCCAUCAUGAAUUGAAAGAAAUUAUUUUACAUGCCUGCCUGAUGUUUAAAACUUUUUGUUUGUAAGUGAUAUUAC